CCCCUUUAUAUCACAACCCUUUUUCAUCAUAAACAAUGGCUCGUACCAAGCAAACCGCCCGCAAGUCCACUGGUGGCAAGGCCCCCCGUAAGCAGUUGGCUACCAAGGCCGCCCGCAAGUCUGCUCCCUCCACCGGUGGCGUCAAGAAGCCCCAUCGUUACAGACCCGGUACCGUCGCUCUCCGUGAAAUCCGUCGUUACCAAAAGUCCACCGAGCUCUUGAUCCGCAAGCUCCCCUUCCAGCGUCUUGUCCGUGAAAUCGCCCAGGACUUCAAGACCGACUUGCGUUUCCAGUCCUCUGCCAUCGGUGCCCUUCAGGAAGCCUCUGAAGCUUACCUCGUCUCCUUGUUCGAAGAUACCAACUUGGCUGCCAUCCACGCCAAGCGUGUCACCAUCCAGCCCAAGGAUAUCCAGUUGGCUCGUCGUCUCCGUGGUGAGCGUUCGUAAA